AUAGGAAAGAAUUGAAGGCACUAUCCCGAAAAAAGAUCAAGGUCUCUUCUCUCUCUCUCCAAAACUCGCUUGCUCAUCUUUCUUCUCGACACUCGUCUCUGUAACUGAGAGAGGCCCAAAGGCUUCACCUUUGAUCUAAAAAAGGUACAACCAUGGAGGAACAGAGAGAAGAAAGUGCGUCAAUUGGUGAUUGCAAAGCGCCCUUGGAGGAAACUGGUAAGGAACUAGGGUUAGCUUCUAAGCCUGAAACCCUAGAUGGUGAAGUUGAUGUUCCGGCGGAGGAGCCAUGCGUCGAAGAUGUUUCUGGCUCAGGUGUUGGUUCUGUUACUAAGGGUGUUAGCUCUGAAUCUGAUGAUGUUGUAAAGACUGAUGCUUUCAGUGAGCCUGAAACUGAGAGAGAUGCUGAUGUGAAGCCGGUGAAUGGUGGUGGAAGUCAUGAAAGUGCAGGUGAAGAGGGGAAUGAAGUGAUUGACGAGGAGGCAAACCAUGUAGCUGAACAAAAUGUUCAAACUGAGAGGCCCCAACAAAGCUCAGUGGUGGAUGGUGAGACGCUUUCUGUUGCUGGCCAAGAGAAGGAAUCAGAUGAUGCCAACGUGGAUGUUGAUAGCAAACAGGCGAAUGAAGAGAAUGUUGGAUCUGAGACCAACAAUGGUAAGGAUUCAGAAUCUGUGCAAGUUCCAGAGGAGUCUACUCAGGAAACAAACCCUGCUGCUGAAACAUGUGGUGAAGAAAAUGGAGAAGCCAUGGAUGUCGAUUAUACUGUAGAGGAAACGCUGGAGAAGGUUGUUUUGGAUGAUACUGGCAAUGAAGCAAGUAUGGUACCAUCCCAAGAUGUUCCAAUCGCUGAAGCUGACAGCAAUGUAGUCAAGGGAAUGGAAGUUGAUGAAAGGAAAGAUAAUGCUGAUAUGGCAGCAAAUCCAAAGAGUUCCAGUGAAGAUGCUGCUCCAGGUGAAGUUGAACAGUUGGAUCAGAACGGUCUUUUUGAUCCACGGUCUGAUAUUACCAACUUUAUUGAUUUCAGUGGUGUAUCCUCUUGGUCAGGAAAUGUACAAGACCUGAAAACUGAAUCUGGGAAUCUAUCAUCUUUGAAAGAGGAUAAGAAAGCUACUCUCACCGCAGAGGAAGUUGCCACCGAGGAGGAUGGUGAUAAAGUAAGCUCACAUGCUGAAGGUGUUGAAAAUGAAUCCAAUGAAGCACAUGUUGCUACAGGGUGUCCAGAAGAAGCUUCUGAUGCAAACCAAGACGAGAAGGAUAAACAAGAUACAAAGAGGGAGGAAGAUGACACUACUCAUGAAGCUCCAAGUAUCGAUCAAAACCAACAGGAGGAAGAUACAGUAAUGGAAGAAAAUCCUGACGACUUUGAUUUUGCUGAAGCUGGAACUGAUUCUGAUAUCAAGACCAAUGGUGUGAAACGAAAGGCUGAUGUCUUGAGUGAACAAAGGCCCUCCUUUAAGAUCGGUGCAUGCAUAGCCAGAGCUGCUAGUCAGAUGGCAGGAUCUCCUUCAGUUCUCAAGGGUAGUAGUAACCUUGGUGAUGAGACUCUUUCUGUUGAGAGCUUUGUAUCCCAGCUUCACUCUGCAGCAACAGACCCUGUCAAAGAGAACCCUGUGUCUGAACUUGCUACUGGCUUUUUCUUAGAUUUCCGAAACUCAUCGGCUUCGCAGCAGUUUGUUCCAGAGAAGGCAAGCAGUAAAAGAGGCAGACCAUCCAAUUCGAGCGCAGCAGGAGGAACCGAAGCAUUUGAGUUUGAGGAAAUGGGCGACACGUACUGGACUGACAGGGUGAUCCAUAACGGUGGCGAAGAGCAAACGCCAGCUGCUACAGAAAAAGAAAACUAUCAAGUUGUGCCUGUUGAGCUGAAACCUGCUCAGGUCAAAAGGACUCGUCGUCCCUACAGAAGAAGACAGUCUCAGAUCAGUUAUCCUCUCCCUUCAGCUUCAGACAAACCGGCGGACUUUGAUGAGAAUGCACCAGCUGAGCUUAUAAUGUACUUUUCUGAAACGGAUACAAUACCUUCUGAGAAGAGCCUCAGUAAAAUGUUCAGGCAUUUUGGACCGAUAAGGGAUUCACAGACUGAGGUUGACGAGGAGAAGAACCGGGCUAGAGUAGUUUUCAGGAAGGGUGCUGAUGCCGAUGUGGCUUACAAGAGCGCAGGAAAGUUCAACAUCUUUGGGACGAAGACUGUGAAUUACGAGCUUAGCUUUACCAUUACUGAAACAUUCAAAGUUAAGCCUUAUGUUGUGUCUUUAGGCGAGGAGGAAGCAGCGGUAUCUCUUCCUGCUUAGAUGUAGUUUUGGUUCAGGCAUGGUUCAGGUGAACACAAUUAGCAGUCAUCAAGAAGAGAAGUAAACAAUGAAGUGGCUCUCAAUGGGAUCUUGCUUGGGUGUUUGUGAUCUUUUAGGUAGAGAGGGAGUUGGGCUGUGUAAUAGUUUGAGAGAAUAAUCUGUAUUUUCUGGAGACACCAGACUUCUUGUUUGUGAUGUAAUUGUUGAGAUCUUCCUCUUUUCGUGACAAAACAUUUGAUUUGCCGAAAUUUAAUGAUGUUAGGAGUGUGUUGUUCAA